CCCGGAUGUCCGGGCAGCGCCGCCGCUCCCGGUGCGGCCCGGCAUGGCGGCGCCGCGGCCGGACCCCGAGCUGGCCCGGCAGCUCUUCUUCGAGGGCGCGGCCGUGGUGGUGCUGGACGUGCCCGAGGGCACCGAGUUCGGCAUCGACUACAGCGCGUGGGCCGUGGGGCCGCGGUUCCGCGGCGUGAAGAUGGUGCCGCCGGGGCUGCACUUCGUGCACUGCAGCGCGGCCGGCGCCGGCGGGCGGGACGCGGGGCCGCGCUCCGGCCGCUUCCUCAGCCUGCGGCGCCGCGAGGUGCGGGUGCUGCGCUGGGACCCCGCGGGCGAGGCCGUGCGGCCCGAGCCGCCCGAGCAGGGCGAGGCGCUGCGGGACAGCCUGCGGGAGCUGGACCCCUUCCUGGGGCCCUACCCCUACGAGACGCUGAAGAAGUGGGUGUCGCUGAGCAGCUUCAUCAGCGAGGCGGCGGCCGAGGAGCUGCAGCCCGAGAGCGGCCAGAUCUGCGCCUUCGCCGAGGUGCUGCCCGAGGCGGCGGGGCGGCACACGCGGGACCGCGCCGGGCAGCGCCGGCCGCCGCUGGGCGCCGAGUGCCGCAGCUACGCCGAGGGCCUGGCCCGCCUGCCCCGCAUGCGGCCGCGGGCCGGCACCCAGAUCCGCUUCUCCGAGCUGCCCCGGCAGGCCUUCCCCGACGGAGCCAGCCCCGAGGAGAUCACCCGGCACAGCAUGGACCUGAGCUACGCCCUGCAGCGUGUGAUGGAGCAGCGCUACCCCGGCCGGCCGCUGGGCCUGCUCGCUGAGUUGCAGUUUGCCUUCAUCUGCUUCCUGAUUGGGAACGUGUAUGAUGCCUUUGAGCACUGGAAGAGGCUCCUGAACAUCCUGUGCCGCUCAGAGGAGGCCAUAGGGAAGUACCAAGACCUUUACAUCAACCUCAUUUCCGUGCUCUAUCACCAGCUCAACGAGAUCCCAGCAGAUUUUUUUGUGGACAUUGUCUCCCAGGACAACUUUUUAACCAGCACCUUACAGGUGCUGUUCUCCUGCACCUGCAGCUCUGCUGUGGAUGAGGCUCUGAGGAAAAAGGCUGAGAAGUUCAAGGCUCACCUGACGAAGAAAUUCAGAUGGGACUUUGAGGCAGAGCCGGAUGAUUGUGCCCCUGUGGUGGUCGAGCUGCCUGAGGGUGUGCAGGUGGAUUGAGCCAAAGGCCCCUUUAGGAGCAAAGAGCUUCUAAAAUGACCCUUUCCUUCUUUUCUCCAACCUUGCCAGCUUCUUAAAGGCUGAGUCUGAAGGUGGUCCUCUUUCUUCUGGAGAAGCAGAUGGGGGCAACCCAGGAGGAUGCUGCGCUUUGUGAGGAGCCCAGGGGUGUUGGAGGAGUUUGAGUAUUGGCAUGUGGCAGCUUUUGACACCUUGGGGUUUUCCCAGCCCUUCUGCAGCAUCUCCUCCUAGAGCACAAACCACAGACAAAGUCACAGAAUCAUUAAACUUCUGAAACACCUUUUGAUAUCAUGGAAUUCACCCCUAAACCUGACAGUGCCAUGAUCCUCCUACACUCAGCUGUCCUCUCAUCCCUGCUCCCCUCCUGCUGGGCUGGAGCUGAUGCCCUGCUGCAGAUGCAGACGUGGGAAUGUGCAGCCCUGCUGUCACAGUGUGGCACAACUCCCUUUUCCUUGGUGGGACAGAUGAGUAAUGCCAGGGUUGACUCCCACAAUUAAAGGCAAAUGUCGUGUCAAUAUGUUAGGAGAAGUUUUAUAGAUUUAUAGUUGUGUUUUACCCUCCCUGCGUGGUUAUCAGGGGACUGCCUGGCUUUGGGACAUUUGGGAGGGUGGGGUUGUUACUCUGGCAGCAGCUGACCUCCAGUCAGGAUUUGGGAAGUGAUCUCCACCACUGGAGAGCGAAGAAGGACGAUGGACAGAACUUUGGGAGGGCUAAAGGGUUAAAAGGUGAAACCUCCACAUGGCUGAGCACAUGGUGGGGAAAAUCCUUUGCUCACAGCGCCAUAAUAUUUUCUCCAUUCAGUCUUGUGUUGUAUUUUUGAUAAGAUUUUAAUAAAUCUUUUAAAUGUUU